AUGAUGGAAGUCAAAGCAAAACAAAAGUUCACAGGAAAAGGUACAAAGACGUCACAAGAAAAAAACAGAUUUUAUAAGAACAAUGAGUCUGGUUCUUCAAAGACAUUCCCAAGAAAAGUUGUUAAGGAAGGUGGGCCUAAAAUCGCAUCUAAGAACUUUCAGAAAGGUGCCCCAAAACCAGGGAAAAAAGGUGUGAAACAGUUCAAGAACAAGCAACAAGGGGAUAAAAUACCAAAGAACAAAUUCCAGCAGGCAAAUAAAUUCAACAAGAAGAGGAAAUUCCAGCCGGAUGGUAAAAGUGAUGAAUCAGCAGCCAAGAAACCAAAAUGGGAUGAUUUUAAAAAGAAGAAAAAAGAACUGAAGCAAAGCAGACAACUAAGUGAUAGAACCAACUAUGACAUUGUUGUUCGGGCAAAGCAGAUUUGGGAGAUCGUGAGAAGAAAAGACUGUGACAAAGAAAAAAGAGUGAAGUUAAUGAGUGACUUGCAGAAGUUGAUUCAAGGAAAAAUUAAAACUAUUGCAUUUGCACAUGAUUCAACUCGUGUGAUCCAGUGUUACAUUCAGUUUGGCAAUGAAGAACAGAGAAAACAGGCUUUUGAAGAACUACGAGAUGAUUUGGUUGAAUUAAGUAAAGCUAAAUAUUCCAGAAAUAUUGUUAAGAAAUUUCUCAUGUAUGGGGGUAAACCGCAGAUUGCGGAGAUAAUCAGAAGUUUUAAAGGCCACGUGAGGAAGAUGCUCCGACACGCCGAAGCCUCGGCCAUCGUGGAGUACGCGUACAACGACAAAGCCAUCUUAGAGCAGAGAAACAUGUUGACGGAGGAGCUCUAUGGGAACACGUUUCAGCUUUACAAGUCAGCAGAUCACCCAACUCUGGACAAAGUCUUAGAAGUACAGCCGGAAAAACUAGAGCUUAUCAUGGAUGAAAUGAAACAGAUUCUAACUCCAAUGGCCCAAAAGGAAGCUGUGAUUAAGCACUCGUUGGUGCAUAAAGUGUACUUGGACUUUUUUACCCAUGCGCCCUCAAAGCUAAGAUCAGAAAUGAUCGAAGCCAUCCGUGAAGCCGUGGUGUACCUGGCGCACACACACGAUGGGGCCAGGGUGGCCAUGCACUGCCUGUGGCAUGGCACGCCCAAGGACAGGAAAGUGAUUGUGAAAACAAUGAAGACUUAUGUUGAAAAGGUGGCUAAUGGCCAAUACUCCCAUUUGGUUUUACUGGCAGCGUUUGAUUGUAUUGAUGAUACUAAGCUUGUGAAGCAGAUAAUCAUAUCUGAAAUUAUUAGUUCCUUGUCUAACAUAUUAAAUGACAAAUAUGGGAGGAAGGUCCUGUUGUACCUACUGAGCCCCCGAGAUCCUGCACACACAGUACGAGAAAUCAUUGACGUUCUGCGGAAAGGAGAUGGAAACGCACACAGUAAAAAAGAUACAGAGAUCCGGCGCCGAGAGCUCUUAGAGUCCAUCUCCCCAGCUUUGUUAAGCUACCUGCAAGGUCACGCCCAAGAAAUGGUGCUAGAUAAGUCUGCCUGUGUGUUGGUGCCUUGCAUUCUGGGAGCUGCCAUCGGAGACGUUCAACCUGCCAUGAAUGCCGUCGCCAGCUUGGCAGUAGCAGAACUGCAUCCCGGCGGCAAGGAUGGAGAGCUUCACAUUGCAGAACAUCCUGCAGGACACCUUGUUCUGAAGUGGUUAAUAGAGCAAGAUAAAAAGAUGAAAGAAAACGGAAGACAAGGUGGUUUUGCAAAAACACUGGUAGAGCAUGUCGGUAUGAAGAACUUGAAGUCGUGGGCUGGUAUAAAUCGAGGUGCCAUCAUUCUUUCUAGCCUUCUCCAGAGUUCCGAUCAAGAAGUUGCAAGCAAAGUCAAAGCUGGACUGAAAAGCCUGAUCCCCACAUUGCAGAAAAACAAAAGCACCAGCAAAGGAGUGGAAAUGCUGCUUGAAAAACUGACUAUGUAG